AGAAGAGAGAGAGAGAGAGAGAGAGAGAGAGAGAGAAAGAGAGAGAGAAGGGGCGAGAGAAAGUGACUGAGUGCGAACUCAUUGAGAGUAGGUGCGAGGGUGGAGAAAUACAGAAAAAGGAACGAACGAGAUGGUGGAAAUGAAAGUUUGUCCGCCUCGCAAUAGCAUAAAGUUUAUCGAGAUCGUUUUCACCGAAUGUCUGAGCUUUUGUUAUUAGUUUUCGCGCUGGUCGACGCACCCAAUGUGAGUUGAAUGAAAUACGGACACAAUGUAAUUUGAAUAAUUCUAACAUAUACGUAAGGAGCAUGCGAAUACACGCGCGGCUCCGGCGCAACAUCGAUUGGCAACGAAUCGGGAUCGACGAUGGUCAGAAAUUUCUAUAAAAUUCUCAGCGUAACAUCACGUAUAGACGGAUCCUGGAAGCUGCUUUAAAAAUAAACCGCCCUCCGUGCGCACCAUCAGGAGAAAGGAUUGCGACGGAUUUUGGCAAACUCCAAAGUAUUUCUUCCUUCUCGACAUCAACGAUCAUCGAUAUAAUUUCAAUAUAAUUUUUCUAUUGCGAGCUAACAAUUGCGAGAUCCGUUUAAAAAUUUUAGAGGAUUCUUGAGGACUCGAGGAUUUCAUACAACAACGACGGGCGAAGGUACUUAGGAUGGGCUGCAAAUCGGCAGCUGAGUCCAAUCUGGAAGAAGAGACGACCGCAACGUCGUCGUCAUCAUUGUCCUUCUCGAGGCGCAAGCAGGCGAUUCAAGAACAGGGAGAGAAGCGCGACGGUGUUCAGGACGAAUCCGAUCUCGACGGCGAAGAAGAUAGCGCGACGACCGCUCGUGUCUCGGCCGGAUGGUCGUUGAAAAGCAGAACGACCGAUAGCGUGGCAAACAGUGUUGGCAGGUAGCUAUCAGGCGAGAAUGCAGAAGCUGCGCUCGACUUUCAAGAGGUCGCGCACUCCCACGGGAGCCGAAAUGAAGACCCAAUCUAGCCUCGAGGUGCCCAAGCAGAUCAGAUCGGCCUCCUUCGACGAGAUGCAGCUGCAGCCGACGCGGCAGGACGACGGCAGGGACACGCGUACGAAUUCCUCGUCGUCCUCCGCGUGUUCUUCCACGAGACUGCAGGAACGCCGGCGAUCGGCAACUCUGAAAGUGCCGCAACUGUACACCAGUCAGCGUUCCAAGAGCUUCGACGCGUACUCCGGGAGUUCAGGAUCAUCCGCGAGCCAGCAACUCCUCGGCUCCUCAUUCGAUCGACCGGACACGCCAAUCAUUCAGGUCUCCGGAUGCUAUCAUUGUGCCUGCGUGGAGGAAUACAGAACUCUCUGGCUGGGCGAGGACAUCUCCAAAGAGGAGGUCGACGAGGCUGACAGCGGCACGGAUCUCUCCGAGAAUGAGUCGGAUCACGAGGACGAAUCGAAGAGGGAGGGCAGUCCGGAAAUCACGGUCACCUUAACGUCCGACGACGACGUGCAAAAUGAAUCAUCAUGCGUCAUGUCGCCUACAGUAGAAAUCGCGUCCGAGCUGAAUUCCGAGGUCAAAAUAGAGUUUCCGGAGAGGCAACGCAGACGAUCGCUAUCCAGGCAAGAAGCUCUGACCACCUUUCCUCUAGAGCUACCUACUAUAUUAGCUAUUAAAGAGACGGAGACGAUCAGAACGAGCAUCGAGAUAGACGACGAUGACGACGACGAGGAGAACGACGUCGAGCCUGCUCAGUCCAAGUUUAUCGUGCGGGACAUUUUCCUGACCGUGCCGGAGCUGAAAAGAGACCGCGCCGCCUCCGUGGACUCGUGUUUUAACAAUAACAAGAACGGGAGCAUCGCCGACGCGGACUUGCUUGCGGUGCCGCAGCAGAAUACCAGGUCAAAGAGCGUCGACAUCGUGCUGCCGACGGACACGCGGACGAGAUACACGGCGUUGCUGCCUGGAAAGGAACCGCGACCUUCGAUAGGAGGGAGAGAAGAUAGCGUAGAAGAUGACACAGGCGGUGGCUCGAGUCAGCGUGAGCCCCGAUCGACACCAGAUUGGGGUCCAAAUGCGUUCAAUGGAGAACAUCUUUGGGUACCAACCGCCACAUCCGGUGAUUUCUGUUACGUUAACGAUUGUUCUAAACACGGACCCCGGUUGAAGUGUCCGGCUUGUCGAGUAAUAGCCCACGCCUGCUGCGUAGGAAGUUUAGAAUUCGCCUGCAAGCCGAGUUUUCGUGAUGUAGGCGUGCGUCAAUAUCGCGAGCAAACGACAACCCAUCAUCACUGGGUUCACCGACGAUCCCAGAAGGGCAAAUGCGCCAAUUGCAGCAAAUCCUUCCAGUCAAAGCUUAGUUUCAGCUCCAGAGAGAUUGUUGCAGUAAGCUGCAGCUGGUGCAAGGCUGCUUAUCACAACAAGGAAGCGUGCUUUAACGUUCAGAAGAUCGGCGAAAAUUGCGAGCUAGGCACCCACGCGUCGAUCGUGGUGCCGCCGUCUUGGAUUAUAAAACUUCCACGAAAAGGUAGUUUUAAAAGUAGCCUGAGAAGAUCGAGAAAGAAAAAGUCCGGCAGCGGCGGAGCUUCUGGCCGUCGAAGAAGCAGAGAGAAAGAAAAAGAGAAAGAGGAGAAAGAGAAAGAAAAGGGUCAGGAAGAGAUGUGGAUCGUCAAGCCGAUACCCACGGCUACGGUGAAGCCGGUCUUAGUCUUUAUAAAUCCGAAAUCUGGUGGCAAUCAGGGCGCGAAGUUACUGCAGAAAUUCCAGUGGUUGCUCAAUCCGAGACAGGUUUUCGAUCUCACGCAGGGUGGUCCGAAAAUGGGACUGGAACUCUUUAAGAAGGUUCCGAAUUUACGCGUUUUGGCUUGCGGCGGCGACGGUACGGUCGGCUGGGUUCUAUCGAUUUUGGAUCAGAUCGGUGCCUAUCCAGCGCCAGCGGUCGGAGUACUUCCUCUAGGCACCGGAAAUGAUUUAGCGAGGGCAUUAGGAUGGGGUGGUGGUUACAAAGACGAACCGAUCGGAAAGAUUUUAACGAGCAUAGGCGACAGCGAGACCACUCUGCUGGAUAGAUGGCAAUUACAAGUUGAAAGAAAUCCCGACGCCAAGAACGACGACGACGGUGGAAAGGGCAAAGAAAACUUGCCGCUCAAUGUCGUCAACAAUUACUUUUCUCUCGGCGUAGACGCUCACAUUGCUCUUGAAUUUCACGAAGCUCGAGAGGCUCACCCGGAGAAGUUUAACUCCAGAAUGAGGAACAAAUUAUUCUACGGACAGAUGGGCUGCAAAGACUUGUUGCUCACAAAAUGGAAAGAUCUUUCGGAUUUUGUGACGCUGGAAUGCGACGGUCAGGACAUGACGCCGAAAUUGAAGGAGCAUCGAGUUCAUGCUAUAUUGUUUUUGAAUAUCGCUUCAUACGGUGGCGGGACGCAUCCGUGGAGCGCAGGAAGUGGCACUAAAGAACCAUCUAUGGAUGAUGGCUUGAUUGAAGUAGUCGGCUUAACCACGUACCAGCUACCGCUUUUGCAAGCUCGCGGACAUGGCACUUGUAUAGUACAAUGCAGCACAGCCAAACUGGUUACGACAAAGACUAUACCGAUGCAGGUUGACGGCGAAGCCUGUCGUCUGUUACCAUCCAUCAUAACUUUAAGUAUGUUAAACAAGGCUACGAUGUUAGCGAAAAGAAGGAACACGGGCAAACCUCAUCAAAAUCCAGCAAGAUUGGAACGGUUAAAGUUGCCUGUAAUGAAGAUAAAAAUGUCAGAUUAUGAAACACAUCAUCAUGAUAAGGAGACAUUGAAGAAAGUGGCGGAGGUGUGGGUGACGGAACCGCUUGAUCUCGAUGCUACAACUGAUCUAGAGACCCUGAGAAAGCUCUUAGUGAAAGAUUAUAAUAUGGAUGCUUGCUGCUUUCUUGAUUGUAAGAUUGAUUAUUUUCCAGCAUGCACCACGGAAAGAUUCUUCAGGAUCGAUCGUGGCCAGGAGCAGCUGCAUUAUGUAACGGAUGUUGCAGCGGAGGCCGUUUACGUUCUUGAUGAAGACGCUUUUCAACAAUCCGAGGGCAAAGCUGGACCGAGCCAAAUCAUGACGAAUCAAGAAAUCGAAUUUACGCAAACUCAUUUACCGAGCGACGAACGUCCAAAGGAUAUGCCAGCCGUGACAAAGGAGGAGCAGCGAUCGAUUUCGAACGAAUCUAAAGGCAUACAGGAGCAGAAGGAGCCCUCCAGGUUUUCCAGGCAGUUUGAUGAGAAAACCGAUAGCCAAAAUGCCAAAUCUAAGAAUACAACGAGCCGGAACUCUGUGGAUGUGUCACCCAGCGAGGAUAUCAAAUCCAAUUCUCUUAUAAAUCGCGAAUCCUUGAAGCAAGACUCCAGUGUCGCAAUCGCUACUGCUGUUCAGUCGCAUCAGAUUGAUCGACCUCUUACUUUUAUCAGCCCUCGCGACAGACUCUUCAGUCUGAGCUCGGGAGUUCACAGAUUUAGCGCCGAGUUGCUCGAGAAAAACUGCGAUGACAUACUGAGAGCGGCGAAGAUCGGUGAUCUCCCGACGUUGAAGCAACUUAAUCAAAAGGGCUACUCGCUCUUGUCGAUCGACGAGGCUGGCCAAACGGCGCUUCAUUUGGCGUCGAGACACGGCCACAAGGACAUUGUCAGAUAUCUUAUUGCCUGCGCGCCACCGACAAUUUUAAACAUGGUUGAUAAUGACAAAGGACAAACUGCUUUACAUAAAGCAGCUCAGAAUAAACGUCGUUCCAUUUGCUGUAUGCUUGUGGCUGGUGGUGCUUCUUUGAUGGUCAAAGAUCGGCACGGCAACACGCCGCAUCAACUCGCGCUGAUCGCGGAGGAUCACGAUCUAGCAGCGUAUCUACAAAGUCAAGAACACUUUCAAUUGGCGACGGACGAGAUGGAGAGCGAUCUCUGACCUCCAGCAUUGAUCGCCACGGCCUGAACCGCCUUGAAUAGCUGCGAUAAAAUAGCGACCACGGUUGGCUUAUUGUCGGCACUUUGACGAUGUCUUCGCGAUAUAUUUUUUCGGCGAUCUUACCACAACUCGCCCGUGAUAAUCUGAUAUUCUCACUUCGACGUUAUACACGUCGAUUACGUGUUUGCCAAAUGCUGUCAUAUUUUUCUUGUCGAUACUUCGAAAUUACUCUUUAGGAACACAAUUAUCACAUAAUUAUACACACCGCAUAUACGUAACUACAUAGUUGUUUUUAAUCGAUGAUAAAACCCUUAUUUUCUCACUAAUAAUCUUGCCCGAGGCUGUAGCUCUAAUUGCGUUCUUAUACUCGGCAAGCGGACCACAAUCGGCCAGGGAACUCCUCGAUUGCUCCCCGAGCAAACUUAUUUUUCUGAUAUGGCAUUUAAUGUCUCCUCCAUCCAAAAUGAGACAGUCAAUUUUGUAUAUCUAUAUAUAUAUAUAUAGGUAUAUACCAAUACGUAUACGUACACACAUAUUUAUGGAAAAUUCUAAUAUUAUACUCUCUUGUAAGCAAAAUACAAAGUUAAUGAGAAAUGGACCAGCAAUUAUAUUUGUGCGAUAAGGAAAGACGGAGGUUUGUUUAUACAGAAGCCAUCUUCGAUUGUGAAACAUAAAAUCUGUGCCAACUGACUGAAUUGCGAAGGAACAUUAAUGAUGAGAUGCCAAACGAAGAUUAACUGUCUCAUGUUGGAGAAUACGUAAAAAAAAAAAAAGAAAAAGAAACUAUAUACGGACGUGCAUAGACUUCACUCAAAAUGGGUGCUACAAGCGAAUCGAUAAUCUGUUAGUUUUAAUCGAGGAAGAAUAGAGAAUAAUCUUAGAGAAAGAAUUGUAAGAACGAAAAAAUAUUCUAUAAAUGAUACCAAAAAUGUAAAAAGGGAUCAACGUACGAACACCAAUUAGUAGUUAGAUGCAAUCUAUCGCUAUUAUUGUACUAUUACUAUACUAUAUAUAAUUAUUUUUCUGUCGAAUUGAUAUAAAAAUCUAUGUACAUACGUGUAGAAUUUUUGAGGCGCUUAUCGCUUAGAUUUGCGCAUAUUCUAAAAGACGACGCCGCUCAUAAGUCAAUACGAUCGUGCACGCAACGAUUUCUUUCACGCGACUUAAUCGAGCUCUUUUACUUAUCGAUAUUUCUGUGAUCCUCAAAAAAAAAUCCCAGGUUAUAUUAUAUUGUACUUUGAAUAUGUGUCUCAAGAUUUGAUAUGGCGGCGAGUGUAUUGUAUCCUCUGUCUCUGUCUCUUUCCUCUGUUACUAAAUAUUAUACAUAUACUAGCAUUCGAUAGUUCGAAUACACAUUUCUUUAAAUUAAUAAAAAGCAAAGGAUAUAAUUAAAUAUUGUUAAAAAAUUGAUUUACAUAUUAGACUACAAACAGUAAUAGGCAGAAAAUUAUUGUUAGAAAUAUUCAGAUUUAAUUCUGCUUCUUUUAAUACGUGAGAAAUAAUUGUUUCAGUCAAACAAAUUUCUGUUUCUAAGAUUAAAGCUAUAUACCAUCUCGUCUAUUUAUUGAAAUUAAAAAUAUGUAAAUGAUGUACUGAAACUAUCGAGUGUUAGUGUUCCAGCAGUCGCGCAUUCUCUUAGACCUCGAGUGGUUUUCUCGUCGCGCGAUUAUUUCGCUGGAGAAAACCGUCCUGUUAACCCUCAAAUGAGGUCUUAGAACCACGUAUGCUGCAAGUCAAACAGAAAUUGCCAUUAUCGUAUGAUUAUUAAAUUAAGUUCUACGGAGUAUAUAGAUAAGUUUUAGGAAGUAUGUAAAUAAGUAACAAAAUUUUGUUUUUGACUUACCUGUAAGAAAAAGAGAAUAUUUUAAUAGCAUAUUUACUUCAGACAGAUUGUUGAGAUAUUUAAUGUUGGAAAGUACAAAUGUUGGCCUUCGAUCGAAUUUUUUUUUCCAAGGACUUUGCAUUCGUGGGUGAGAAGGGGCGCGACGUUUGAUUAUCCCGCAUGUAUCUUUACUGAUCUUUUAGAGUAUUUGAGGAAGAAAUGCCUUUCGCGAUCCGUACCUGUUGUACUAUUGUCGAUGAUAAUUGUGAGAUGAAAAAAGAGAUAUUUAAAGCAAAAGAAACUACGAUUGUUGUAGGAUUCUUACGACGUAUAAGAGUAUAUUUCGUGCGCAUGUUAUCGGGUAUGUCAAAAUAAAAAUGAGAAUAAUGUUAGUUUUUUCGCCCGAUGACACAACACCAUUGAAGCCGGUAUAAUUUCGUGAAGUUUAAUUUUCUCGCUCCCGCAGCAUCAAAACUUUUCACUCGUCAAAAUUGUACCGGUUUCAAUCCCCGGGAUAACAUUAGACUCGAGAUGAAAAAAAAAGGGGAAGUUACUAGAAUUUCCCGGACAUAUAGCGACGCCUUUCGCAGCGGCAAGAGCGCUGGCUCAGCUCGCAAAUCUCGAUUUAAGUUUUAGAGCAAUAAAUUGACGACAAUCACACGACAUUUCGGCAUAAGUCAGCGCUCGCACCGCGAUUGUUACUUCUCUCCCGUCCGUUUCUUUCUAUUCCAUUUAUCCUCUUAUUCGAAAUUAUCUCGUUUGUUGUCGUAUAAAUAAUAAUACUUCGUAUGCACGUGCAAGCUCCCUAUUUUCGAAAGCUGCGCCGAUAUACGGAGUCAAAAUUCUUAACGUUCUAUUCUCUCUGUAUUUGUCAUAAAAUUUAUGAAUCGUAUACAUAAUUUAUUAUUAAUAUUA